AUGAGACUGGCCUUCGUCUUGGGCCGGUUUUGUCCACGUCCGGGCUUCCGCGGCAGCGCGCAUUUUUAUUCCACCUUCCGAGCCACCUUUCGUAAUACCCAAACUCGACAGAUUCCAUGGCGGAACCCUCGGUACACGAAAUAUACGCUACGGGCGGGCGGUGCUGGUGCCGGAGCAUUGGGUACGGCUGCAUUCUUUGAGCUGUCGCAGCAGGAUAAUGGGGGAACGGAUCAGACGGGCGAGAAGCGUAUGCUGGAGGUCAGCAGAUCCGAGAUAAAGAAGAAAGUCGCCGAGGACGAUCGCGGGAUAUCAAGAGCCUGGCAUACGCUGAAACUGGUAUUGGACAUCUACAUAUGGGAGCCCAUCAACACUGGCCUACGUUUCCUGCAUCUGGCUGUCAUUUUUGUUCCUGUUCUGCUUGCUGUGCCCAUAAUCUGGGUCGGCAAACGACAGCCUGAUCGCGAUAAUGAGAGGUCCGGGACGUUAAUGUGGUACGGUUUCUUGGUUCAGUCAAUGGAAUGGGCUGGACCAGCCUUCAUCAAGCUUGGCCAAUGGGCUGCAUCGCGCUCCGACAUCUUCCCCAACGAAAUGUGCGAAAUCAUGUCCAAACUCCAUUCCAAUGCACCGGCGCAUUCCAUGUUCGACACCAAGCGCAUCGUCUCGGCAGCUUUUGAUGGUCGCGACUUUGAUGAAAUCUUUGAGGAGUUCGAUGAGAAGCCACUUGGCGUUGGUGCCAUUGCUCAGGUGUAUAAAGCCAAGCUAAAGGCUGACCUCGCCGCCCCGAGCGACGCCGACAUAUUCGAAGAGCCCAAGCCCCUACAUCGCAAGGUGGCUAAGAAUGUUGAAGCAGCACUCAAGAGCACUCCCAAGAGAGUUCCCUCGACGUACGUUGCAGUCAAGGUGCUCCACCCCCGUGUCGAGAGAACCGUCCGAAGAGACUUGCGCAUCAUGCACUUCUUCGCCUCCGUCCUCAACGCUAUCCCCACCAUUGAGUGGCUUUCGCUUCCCGAUGAAGUUGAGCAAUUCGGCGAAAUGAUGAAAUUGCAAUUGGAUCUGCGAAUCGAAGCUGCGAAUCUCGCCAAAUUCCGCAAAAACUUCAAAGAUCGUAGCACUGCCUGGUUCCCGUACCCCUAUACCGAGUUUACCACCCGCAAUGUUCUUGUCGAGGAGUUCGCUCAGGGUAUCCCCCUUGCCGAUUUCAUGGAAAACGGCGGUGGAGUUUAUCAGCACGACAUUGCCUCUGAAGGCCUUGACGCCUUCCUACGCAUGCUGCUCAUUGACAACUUCGUCCACGCUGAUCUCCAUCCCGGCAACAUUAUGGUGCGCUUUUACCAAUCCGACGAACCCGAUCUGAAGUUCCGUAAAAGCCACGAUAAGCACCCACAAGAGCAAAAUGAUGUGACAGAGCAGGUCCUCGCUAGGCUGCGACCGUUCCGCCAUAGGAAAGACCCUGCUGCCUGGGACGCGGAGCUUAAGAAGAUUGAGCACGAGGGUUUCCGUCCGCAGCUGAUUUUCAUCGAUACAGGCCUGGUGACGGAGCUGAAUGAGACGAAUCGUAGGAAUUUCCUCGAUCUCUUCCGCGCUGUUGCCGAGUUUGACGGAUACAAGGCGGGCAAUCUGAUGUGCGAGCGCUGCCGACAACCGGAUGACGUGCUCGAUAAAGAAAUUUUUGCGCUGAAAAUGCAACACCUCGUCCUCAACGUCAAGAGUCGGACUCUAGCGCUCGGAAACAUCAAGAUUGGAGAUAUUCUGCAAGAGGUUCUGGGUAUGGUCCGCGGACACCAUGUCAGGCUGGAGGGCGACUUUGUCAACGUCGUCAUUAGCAUCCUGCUUCUCGAGGGAAUCGGAAGAAGUCUGAACCCUGACAUGGACCUGCUCAGCAGUUCUCUGCCCAUUCUCAGGCAGCUGAGCGCGCAGAGCGGAACGGAGAUGGCGAAGCAUGGUGACUUUAGCAUGCUAGUAGUGUGGAUGGGCCUGGAGACGAGACGUUUCUUGCAGGCCAGCAUCGAAGAUGUUGAACGAUGCGUCAAAUAUGAUCUCCUUUCACCGAAUGUGUAA